AAUUGCCGUCAGUCGUGUACGGCUCGCCGUGCCGUCAACGUCGUGGUAGGGGGCUGGUAUGUACAUACGUCGCGCGUGUGCUCGCUCGUGUUUUGCUCAUGAGUGCUCCGGACAUUAGGCAUCAAGAUCGUUCUCGCUUUACGUAAACGUAAAAGAGAAAGCGUGAAACAAAAGCGCAAUAUCACCGGUGCCAUUUGGAUAGAGUCGUCGGCCAUGGAUGCAUGGAUGUACGAUGUGGUUUGUAUGAUGCCCGGUGGCGGCACCGAAAAUAUGAUUGGAAAUAAUAGGACCAUGGCGAACAUUAAACAAGAAAUUGAGAAUCCUACCACCCCGACGCAGAAUUAUCAAGUUUGUUCACCGACCACUACGCUACAGCAUCAAGAGGUAAUUUGCAGUAAAAUAGAGGUGCCAGCCGACUAUGGUGGGGGUGAAGGUAGCCCUGGUAGUCCGGAAAUGCAUCAUUGUUCGUCAACCACUCAGCCUUUAGGAACACCCGAGGAAGGCGUUAAAGAGGAAGACAUGAUACCCAGGAGACUUUGCUUAGUGUGCGGCGAUGUUGCGAGUGGUUUUCAUUAUGGGGUCGCGUCUUGCGAAGCGUGUAAAGCUUUCUUUAAAAGAACCAUACAAGCGAGUAAUUUCACAGGUAAUAUUGAAUACACGUGUCCUGCGAAUGGGGAAUGCGAAAUAAACAAGCGUAGGAGAAAAGCAUGUCAAGCGUGCAGGUUUCAAAAGUGCCUUAGACAGGGCAUGUUGAAGGAAGGAGUCCGAUUGGAUCGUGUCCGAGGAGGGAGGCAAAAAUAUAGAAGAUCCACCGAUCCCUACACGCCGGUGAAGACAGCUCCGUUGGAAGCAAACAUAGCGACAGGAGCUUCUAACGAAAUAAUAAAUAAUAAAAUGCUGGAAGCUUUGGCUGCCUGUGAACCAGAUAUGCUGCAAGUAUCCAAUAUCUCUCAUACUCUUGACACAGAUCAAAGAGUACUUGGACAGUUAUCUGACUUAUACGAUCGGGAACUGGUUGGAAUAAUUGGUUGGGCAAAGCAGAUUCCUGGAUUCAGUAGUUUAGCUCUAAACGAUCAAAUGCGGCUACUCCAAAGCACGUGGGCCGAGAUACUGACGUUUAGUCUUGCGUGGAGGAGCAUGCCAAAUAAUGGUAGAUUAAGAUUUGCCCAAGAUUUUACCCUUGACGAACGACUUGCACGCGAAUGCCAUUGCACAGAGCUGUACACACACUGUAUCCAAAUCGUAGAAAGGCUUCAAAGAUUGGGUUUGACCAGAGAAGAAUAUUACGUUCUGAAAGCGUUAAUAUUAGCAAACAGUGAUGCAAGAUCAGAUGAACCACAAGCGCUAUAUCGUUUUCGAGAUUCUAUUCUAAAUUCCUUAUCGGACUGUAUGGCGGCAGUAAGACCGGGACAAGCGCUUCGUGCUACUCAAAACAUGUUCCUAGUGCUGCCCAGUCUCAGGCAGGUUGAUGGAAUUGUUAGAAGAUUUUGGUCUAGUGUUUAUCGAACGGGGAAAGUACCAAUGAACAAGCUCUUCGUAGAAAUGUUAGAAGCUGCAUAUUAUCGAUGAAAUAUCAACUCGAAUUCAAUUUAACGAUAACGAUUAUUAAGGACGGCAGUAGUAUAAUUGUAACAUGUUAUGAAUGAGUAGGGUACGUUCCUAUGCGUCCCCAAAAGGCGUAAGCGAAAAACAGUGAGUGAUAGUGAAUCGCGGAGAUACGGAGAGUGUGCAGUUUUAUUAAUUUUCUCUGAAAGGAGGACUCGUAUGAAAUAAAAGGCUUUAUUUUUCAAGUGUGAAAAGUGUUGGAGCUUUGGCCAGUGAUCCCAGCGGUCGUUGAAAUUCGCGAAACACUUUAAAAUAUCAGGCAUAUUGUUUCGUCGAAAUAACCAAACUUUCCUUUUCGAGUACCCCUUUUACAGGUACAAAGAAAAAAAAAAAAAAAAAAGAACGAUGUUAUUUCAGGAUAGCAUACGUAGGAAACGUAGUACAAGUUGCGAGAUGCUCGGAGCUCUCAUUUUAGGAUAGUUUACAAAGAUCUGUCGCCAGACAGAAGAAUCUACCAAAUAAACAAAACGUUUUCAUUUACGUAAGAUCGUGACACCGAACCAGUGAUAUCGUAGAAAUCAAAUGCAAAUGUACUAACUGUGGGUGUUUGACGUUAUAGAGUUAGCAUCGUGUUACCAAAUACUACCAAUUCAAUCAAAAUUAUACGUAGCUCCAAUUCGAAUGUUAUUUUAGUCAUGUCUUUUUUCCGAGAGAGAGAAAAAAUCCAGUCAAUUUGAAAUUAGAGGAUCGCGAACUUUAUAUUUUUAAGAAUGUCUAAGAUAUAUGCCGUUUUAUAUAGAAUAACUGCACAUUUUAAUACCAUUAAGUGUAAAGAUUGAUAAGUGUAAAAUCGAUGUGUGUACUGCAUUAAACAUCCAUAGUUAUAAUUCAGCAGAUGAAUUUAGUGCUGUUGUACAAAUUGAACCAAUUACGCGAACAGAGCUGUGAACAGUGAACAAGGAAAAGCGAAAGAAUGGCUGGAUCGUUCUCUAAUUAGCGUCAUGCUGUUUUUUACAAGACACUGUGAGAGAAAGAUGUUUCGAGAACGAACCUUUGGCCAGGUUGCCAGGUUCUAGGGAAAGCAGAAAAAAAGAGUUUAAUCGAUUGUUGAAAUGAUUGCGAAGUGUUAUUCGCGCGUGCCACACAGAGAACGUAGGAGAGUAUAUAUUAUAUUAUAUUAUUAUAUUGUAUGUAUUCAGGGAUCUUUAUUAUCUAGUUAUUAUUGUUACGAGAUCUGUGCACGGAUCUUGCGCAUAAUAUUGCUUUUUUUUCGAAGCGAGGAAUCGUAAUAUCGUAUAGGAGCUACUAUUCACACGUAAAAUAUUCAGUUUUAAGGGAGGAAAAACCGUUUAUUGCAAAUUAAUGGAGUUUUUUCUUUGCCGGUUACACGCGACGAAACACAAGGUUUCUAUCGAUUUUCGAAUCGGCUUUUUGUUAUUUCAUGAUUAAUCGAUAUUAACACGAAAGAAGUAAAUUGUUUUAGGACAAGUUAUGAAUAAAUGUUAGGAUAAAUUAGACACGUUAGGCAGAUCGAGUCGCUCGAAACUUUGUGUCGUUUAAACAGCGGUGUAAUCAUGUGACGUUCAGAGUGCAAUAAUAUCAGGACAUGCGAUUACAUUUUUCUUAUCGGUCAAUCGAUCGCGGCGACUAUUUUAGUUUUCUUUAUUUGUGUAUUUCGUCUUCGUUCUCCUAACAUUUGAAACUUUGUUUAAACCUCCUGCAUUUAAAUACACGAUGCAAAUAGUUGACAGUAACGCUUACAUAUUGCGUGUCCUUCCUCCAUUAGUUUCUCUUGGUUACCUACUACGGUUCAUUCCUCACUACGAAACAGAUAAUGCAACGAAUGCGAUGGCGGAAAAAGGAAAAGAGAAAAUCGCUGUUAAGCCACGGCGAAUUUUUGUUCUGCUUUUUUCUGGCCUACUUUGUUUCGUGCUCUUCCUUCUUUUCCAAUAACAUGGGUUUUUCUUUUUCUUUCUUUUUCUUUUUCUUUUUUUUUUUUAAAUCUACAAAUUGCGCCAAAAGAAAUCAUGAGUUUUAAGGGGAGAAUCAAAUAUUGAUCGUUCAUUGGUGAAUACCGUCGGAUAUUGUUUUGACACAUGUCAAAUGAUUUAUCGAAAUGUUUGUCUUAGUUUAUGCGAAUAUUUGCCAGGGAAUCAAUAGUUGACGUUUUGAUGGAGCUUGUCAUGUGUCGAUAUGAAACAUUGUUCGUUUAAAAA